AUGUUCCUUCCUAAUGACACCCAGUUUCACCCCUCCUCCUUCCUGUUGCUGGGGAUCCCAGGACUAGAAACACUUCACAUCUGGAUCGGCUUUCCCUUCUGUGCUGUGUACAUGAUCGCACUCAUAGGGAACUUCACUAUUCUACUUGUGAUCAAGACUGACAGCAGCCUACACCAGCCCAUGUUCUACUUCCUGGCCAUGUUGGCCACCAUUGAUGUGGGUCUCUCAACAGCUACCAUCCCUAAGAUGCUUGGAAUCUUCUGGAUCAACCUCAGAGGGAUCAUCUUUGAAGCCUGCCUCACCCAGAUGUUUUUUAUCCACAACUUCACACUUACGGAGUCAGCAGUCCUUGUGGCAAUGGCUUAUGACAGCUAUGUGGCCAUCUGCAAUCCACUCCAAUAUAGCGCCAUCCUCACCAACAAGGUUGUUUCUGUGAUUGGUCUUGGUGUGUUUGUGAGGGCUUUAAUUUUCGUCAUUCCCUCUAUACUUCUUAUAUUGCGGUUGCCCUUCUGGGGGAAUCAUGUCAUUCCCCACACCUACUGUGAGCACAUGGGUCUUGCUCAUCUAUCUUGUGCCAGCAUCAAAAUCAAUAUUAUUUAUGGUUUAUGUGCCAUUUGUAAUCUAGUGUUUGACAUCACAGUCAUUGCCCUUUCUUAUGUGCAUAUUCUUCGUGCUGUUUUCCGUCUUCCUACUCAUGAAGCCCGACUCAAGUCCCUCAGCACAUGUGGUUCACAUGUGUGUGUAAUCCUUGCCUUCUAUACACCAGCCCUCUUUUCCUUUGUGACUCAUCGCUUUGGCCGAAAUGUGCCCCGCUAUAUCCAUAUACUCCUAGCCAGUCUCUAUGUUGUGGUGCCACCAAUGCUCAAUCCUGUCAUAUAUGGAGUCAGAACCAAGCCGAUCUAUAAAUGUGUAAGGAAAAUAUUAUUGCAGGAACAAGGAAUGGAAAAGGAAGAGUACCUAAUACAUACGAGGUUCUGA